AUGGAGGCGCACAGGCGUGCCCUGGAACAGGACCUACCACCGGUCAUAUUCGAGUGCGGCGAGCUACGUCAUAUGGAAGGACCCGAGCCACGUUUUGGUGUGGGUCUCGCGGUCCGUUUUCACCGCCACCCACAUCCCCCACGGCCGCUGGCCAGCACCAAGCAAAGUAUGUCAUUUUUCAUUGUUGACGGACGGACGGAUGCAGAUUUUGAGGCCCCAAUCGAGUCGCUUGGCCGGCCGUGGAGGAUCUUCGUCGAUCCUGAUGCUGUUCGCGAGGUCUUGGACUUCGCAGAAGAUUUUCAUUGGGAAAUGGAGAGACGUGACAGAGAAGCGAUACUCAUCAACAAAGUCAAAUACCAACGUGGAGAAAACGACAUGUUACUGGAAAAAGUUGUUGAGCUGAGUGGCACUGUGAAGAACUUGAAUUCUCAAACAGACUCUUUAUCCCUAGAUGAUCGAGUAAACCAGUUGAUUAAACAGUGUCCGCGUUCAGACGUCAUUUAUCUUGUUGGUGGUCUGGAUGACAUAUCAUGUCCAUCGUCGCUAGGUUUCUCGUGCUUUUCACCCUCCCUGGACAUGCUAAUCCCUGUGAAAUCAAUGCCUGAUGAAAGGCUUUUUAACGCUACUGUUGCCUUAGACAACAGAAUAUUUGUUCUGGGCGGUGCUGAUCAUCCUUAUGCAAGCUGCAUUGAUACAGGUGCUGCUAGUUUUUAUGUUUACCUUCCCAAAAGCUCUCUGGUUGCCGUUUCUGCCCUAAUAUAUGCUUUUAAUCUUUAUCUUGAAGUUUGCUGUUAUGACACAACCUGUGAUGAUUGGACCCUAUGCCCUCCAAUGACCUGUGAAAAGGCAAACCUUGCUAGAGUUAGCUUGUGUGGGAAAAUUUAUGCAUUUGGUGGUGGAGAUGGUUCUGAAUCUUUUCUUGACGUUGAGGUGUUUGACCCUGCAUAUGGAAAGUGGAUAAAGAAUCAGCCUAUGCUGAAAAAGCGCUCUGCUCUAGCUGGCGUGGGACUCAAUGGUGCGAUUUAUGCAGUUGGUGGCUAUUCUCGUAUUGGAAAUUUGAGCUGCGCUGAGAGACUUGAUCCUAGGGAACCUUACUGGAAAAUGCUCCCAGGGAUGAGCACGCAAAGAAGCUUCCAUACACUGGCAGUUCUUGAUGAGAAGAUAUACUCGAUUGGUGGUUACAAUCCUGAGGCUGGAGCAGGGGUGGCCACGGUUGAGCUGUACGACCCAAGGAUGCCAUCAUGGGUAGAAGUCGAACCGAUGAAGAUCACAAAGGCGACUGGUUCCGGAGACCAGCAAUCCCGUUCGCUGGUGGACACCGGUGCUCGGGAUGAGGUAGACUACGAUGACGGCGCAAGUUAUGAGAUGAGGUAG